UCUUCCUUUUAAGUGGGAAUACAAUACUGGCCAAGAUCUCUUACAGUUAGUUUGGCAGAAAACAAAAAAUGGCUUCCACACAUGCAGCACUCCUUAAUGGCCUCGGAUCAGCCUUCCUGACUGGCGGCACAAAGAGCCGGGCUAGGCUUGCCACCCCUGUCGCCGCCAGGGUUGGUGGCGGCGCCGCCACCAAGAGGCUCAUUGCCGUCGCAGCUGCUGCAUCUAAGAAAUCCUGGAUCCCUGGUGUCAGAGGUGGCGGCAACCUCAUCGACCCUGAGUGGCUCGAUGGAUCGCUGCCGGGGGACUACGGGUUCGAUCCGCUAGGGCUGGGGAAGGAUCCGUCAUUCCUGAAAUGGUACAGAGAGGCAGAGCUGAUCCACGGGAGGUGGGCAAUGUUAGCUGUGGUCGGCAUCUUUGUCGGGCAAGCAUGGAGCGGCAUCCCCUGGUUUGAAGCCGGAGCAGACCCUGGCGCGGUGGCGCCGUUCUCUUUCGGCACUCUGCUCGGGACGCAGCUUCUGCUGAUGGGGUGGGUGGAGAGCAAGAGGUGGGUGGACUUCUUCAGCCCGGAUUCGCAGUCAGUGGAGUGGGCCACUCCAUGGUCGAAAACUGCAGAGAAUUUUUCGAAUGCAACGGGUGAGCAGGGAUAUCCUGGGGGGAAAUUCUUCGAUCCCCUGGCUUUGGCGGGGACACUUAAGGAUGGAGUUUAUGUACCUGAUGCGGAGAAGCUUGAGCGGCUGAAGCUGGCGGAGAUUAAGCAUGCCAGGAUUGCUAUGUUGGCUAUGCUUAUCUUCUACUUUGAGGCAGGGCAAGGGAAGACACCCCUUGGAGCCCUUGGCUUGUAAUUUUCUUUGUAUUGUUACUGUGUAAAGGAACUUUGUGGUUUAGAGAGAAUCGGGACCUGCAUUGAUUCUUGAUUUGGCA